AUGCGUUCCAUCAAGGCGGCUUCGCUGACGCCCUUGCUGGCCGCAGUGGCGACCACACUCACCUCAACCUUGGCCCUUCCUUCUUCCAUCCUCGACCACCAGCUCGAGACCAACAUUCUUCAACCACGAGCCGACAGCAACAGCUCCUAUAUCUCACCCUCCUUGAACGUAACCACUUGCCCGGGGUACCAGCUCGUCGGCGAGCCCGAGCAGUCGCGGCAUGGCUUCACCGCCAAACUCAGCCUUGCUGGCGAAGCUUGCAAUGCGUACGGUGUCGAUAUUGCCAACUUAACGCUUUCGGUCGUGUACGAGAAGAAGCACCAGCUUCAUGUGCACAUCUACGAUACGGCUAAGCAGCAGUACCAGCUGCCUAACGGACUCAUCUACGAUCGCCCGUCGGACGACCCCGCUAAGGUCGAGAACGGUUCCAGUGCUGAGCAGAGCGACCUCAUCUUCCACCACACUGCCGAGAACGGCACCUCCUCUGGUGCGUGGGCCUUUUGGAUCGAGCGCAGGUCCAACGGCGAUGUCAUCUUCGACACGCGUCCCUCCAACAUCCCCACCUACAACGAUGGCAUGAACAACGUCGCGAGCAACACGAAGCGCAACUCCACGGCUACGCCCAAGCACGAGCUCAUCUUCGAGAACCAGUAUCUGCAGCUGUCGUCUGCUUUGCCGCAGGAUGCCAAUGUGUACGGACUCGGCGAGUACGUGACGGGAAGCUUUAGGAGGAACCCGAAUGAGACGCUGCAGACGUUCUUUACGCUGGAUGCUGGCACGCCUGUCGAUUCGAACAUGUACGGCUAUCACCCCGUCUACACCGAGGUGAGAAAGGGGAGUGACGGCAAGCUCCGAUCGCAUACCGUGAGCUGGUCGAGCACGAGCGGUAUGGAUGUCUUGCUGCGAAGCGGUUUGAUCCAGUACCGAGCUAUCGGCGGGACCAUGGAUCUCCGUUUCUUCUCGGGCUCUGCUGAUGGCAAGAACAGCCCCAAUACCGCGAUCAAGCAGUACGUCAACUUCAUCGGCAACCCUGUUCUUCAUCCUUACUGGUCUUAUGGUUUCCACCUUUGCCGAUGGGGUUACACCAAUGUCUCCGAGACACAGGCUAUCGUAGAUGCCAUGCGCGACUACGAUAUCCCCCUCGAAGUUCAGUGGAAUGACAUCGACUAUCUCCAGGAAUUCCGCGACUUCACCACCGACCCUCAGCGAUUCCCGCAGAAGGAGUUUGCAGGGAUGAUCCAGAAGCUCAGAGAUAACCAUCAGCACUACAUUCCCAUCAUCGACAUGGCUAUCCCCAAGGCGCCCACCAACGCUAGCGAUACCUACUACCCAGGUACACGCGGUGACGAGCUCGACGUGUUCCUCAAGAACCGAAACGGCACCGAGUACGUUGGUGAGGUUUGGCCGGGUUACACGAGCUUCGUCGAUCAGCAGGCAGAGAAUGCCGGUCGAUGGUGGACCGAGGCGGUUCGAAACUUCAGCGAGAUUGUGGAUUUCUCGGGCAUCUGGUUGGACAUGAACGAGCCGUCUAGCUUUGUGGUUGGAAAUGCCGCUGGGCCGGAGACGAACCUGUCGAAUACCCCGGCGUACACUGCUGCGACCAGUGUUGCCGGCUGGCCGCAGGGAUACAACAAUGUGACUUGGGGCAACUCGGGCAAUCUGACGGUCAACGGAAGCUACACCUUCCAACAGGGACCAGUGCAGAACAACGAUAUGGAGAUGAAGCAUCGUUCUCUCGCUGUGGAACGCGAGCGCGAUGUUGUCAAACGACAGGAGAUGAGCAAUAAGUUUGGACCAAACGAUCCUGACUACCGCUACGCAAACUCUAGCCAGCGCUACCUCUCCAACCCGCCCUACGCCAUCCACAACGGCAUCCACAUCAGCGAAACCGACCUCAACAUCAACCUCGACAAGAAGACCGUCGCCAUGGAAGCCACCUCCGCCAACGGCCAACUCGACUUCUACGACGUGCACAACCUCGACGGUACCCUGGAAGAACAGCACUUCUACAACGCCCUCCGAACCAUCCGACCUAAGGAACGACCUUUCCUCAUCUCGCGUUCGACCUACCCUGGAGCCGGCAAGUUCACCGGUCACUGGUUGGGCGACAACUACGCGCUGUGGACCAUCCUGCCCGGUCAGGAAGCGUACAAGGCGGGUGCCGGUAUGGCGCAGUCCAUCGACGGAGUGCUCCAGUUCCAGAUCUUCGGAAUCCACCUCAUCGGAGCCGACAUCUGCGGGUUCAACCGCAACACGGACGAGGAGCUGUGCAACCGCUGGAUGAUGCUCGGAGCAUUCCUGCCGUUCAUGCGCAACCACAACACGCAGGGUGCGAUUUCGCAGGAACCCUUCCGAUGGCCCUCCGUAGCCAACGCUUCCCGGAUCGCGAUCAACAAGAGGUACGAGUUGCUGCCCAGCUUGUACUCGCACAUGGCUCAGUCGAGUUCCACGGGCGAACCGGCUGUCCGAGCGCUGUGGUACGAAUUCGAAGACUCGUUCGAUGCGACCAAGGACUUUGCACACCAGUUUUUGUUCGGAGACAACCUCCUGGUCAGUCCUGUACUGGAGCCGAACGUGACGCAGAUCAAAGCCUUCUUCCCGGAAGCUGGCGGAAAGUGGCGAAACGUCUUCACCUGGGAAAGCCUGGACGUGGAGAGCAACAAAAACGUCACCGUAUCGGCAGAACUCAGCACGAUCAACGUCCAUCUCCGACCCGGCAGCGCACUUCUCACCCACUCCCACCCCGCAUACACCGUCCACGAAACCGCACAGAGCAAGUUCGCCCUCGUCAUCAACCUCAACACCCAAGGCCAAGCCGAACAAGCCUUCUACCUCGACGACGGUACCACCCCCGCUCCCACCCCCAACUCGACUCUAACCGUCAAAGCCAGCAACCAAACCCUCACCGCUCAUCUCCACGGCAACUACACACCCCACCAGAACCUCUCGCACAUCGUCCUGCUCGACGUCAAACACAAACCCAACAGCGUCACCUUCGACGCACAGCAGGCAAACUUCACCUGGGACCAGUCGAGGUCCUUGUUGAACAUCACCGGUCUCAACGCUGAUUUCCAGAACAACUGGCAGAUCAGCUGGUCGUAA